GAGGCCAUUAUCUCUCCCUCGUCUCUCUCUCUCUUUCUCUCAAAACCCUAGAAUUGUUUUUCCAGAAUUUCGGAUCAAAUCAAAACCCUCCAUGACGAAUUCUCGCCAGCCUCAUCUAAACGGCGCUUUCUACGGCCCUUCAAUCCCUCCUCCGUCAUCGAAUAACUAUCAUCAUCCAAUUCGCGGCGGCGGCGGUGGCACCGGAUGUUGCUGUUGUUGCGACUGUCUUGGUUGUCUCUGUAGUUGCAUUUGCAACCUAAUCCUCCAAAUUCUCUGUACGAUCUUACUAAUAUUAGGUGUAAUCGUCUUCGUCCUCUGGCUAAUCUUCCGUCCAAACAAGGUAAAAUUCUACGCCGACGACGCUUCUCUUACUAGAUUCGAUCUGUCAUCUACCAACAACACGCUCUAUUAUAAUCUCUCCUUAAAUCUAACUAUUAGAAACCCUAAUAAACGAGUCGGUAUUUACUACGACUCGUUCGAGACGAAUGCUUAUUACGAGAAUCAGCGAUUCGCUACCGAGUUGCUUACUAAAUUCUACCAGGGGAAGAAGAAUACGACGUCGCUUGAGGCGGAGAUUAAGGGUCAGAAUUUACUGUUGCUUCAGAUUGAUAGAACUCAGUAUAACUCGGAGAAAAAGUCUGGGGUUUUUAGCAUUGAAUUGAAGCUGCGACUUAGGGUUCGGCUAAAGGCAUGGUGGUUUAAAUCGCCACGGUUCACGGCGAAAGUAAACUGCGAUCUGAAAGUUCCGAUGAAUUCCACAUUUGAGAGUAAGAGGUGCGACAUUGAUUGGUAAUAGAUUUGGUGAGUCGACUCAGUGGGUUGGUUGGUUGGGUGA